CCCACACCAUAUAUCAGUAUCACGCGCGGGCAAAAUCAUAGUCAGACUCAUACAUAACCCACGCCCCCACGUCAAAAACCCAAAUUUCAAUUUUUUUCAAAUUUCCUUGAAAAGCAAAAGUAGUGCUCAUGUUAUGCUGCCUCAUAACUUCUUAUUUUUGGCCAGUUGCCUUUCAUUUUUAUAUUUUAUUUUGGUCUCUUGUAACCAAAGCCACGGCCAUCGAUAUUUCGAAAAAAAAUCCGACGAAUCCAAACAGGGCAAUUAUAUCUGUGUAACUUCACAUCCACACUCAGUCUCGUUGUUUUAUUCUUUCCUUCACAUAUUUCAUUUUCUAUCAUCAGCUUCAGUGAAAGCUCAUCAACUGCUAUUUCCAGAUUUUGUUUCUUCACCAAGGAAGAAGAAAAGAGAAGAAAGAAAGUUCGUUUGACUACUGCAAUUGGAAACUACUGUUGGUCUACGUCGUGCCGUCCUUUGCUGAAAAACCAUUGCGCGUGGAUUGUUGAAAUUUUCAAAGAUUUACAAGUAAAAUUGCAGAGUCUCUCUCGAUCGUUUGGUGGUUGUGUUUGAUAAAAGUUCUGUUCGCGAGUUCAGUGUUUAAAGAGAAAUCCUCUGUAUCUAAAGGUUCUAUGGAUGGAUGAUUUCUUUCAUAGAUAAUAUACAGUGAAUUGCACGCAUAGAGAUGAGAGAAGAGUCGUCCGGUUUGAUAGUUGGGAUCUCGGUUGGAGUUGUGAUUGGAGUAACUUUGGCUAUAGUUGCAUUUUUCUGCUUUAGAUAUCAUAGGAAGCAAUUGCGUUCCCAGAUAGGAAAUAGCAGUUCAAGAAGGGCAGCAACCAUUCCUAUUCGUGCAAAUGGAGUCGAUUCCUGCUCGGUGUUGUCGGACUCGUCAAUCGGGACUGAGUCACCAAGGUCGAGCGUACAUAAGGGCUUCUCUUUCUGGCGCAAGGGAUCUAAGAAGGCAAAUGUGAUUUCUGCAUCUGGGAUACUCGAGUAUCCCUACAAGGACCUGCAGAAAGCAACUCACAAUUUUACCACACUAAUAGGUCAAGGGGCUUAUGGUUCUGUAUACAAAGCUCAGAUGUCAACAGGUGAGACUGUUGCUGUUAAAGUGCUUGCUACAGACUCUAAGCAAGGGGAGAGGGAAUUCCACACCGAGGUUAUGUUACUUGGAAGGUUACAUCACAGACACCUUGUGAAUUUGGUUGGAUAUUGUGCAGAGAAGCACCAGCAUAUUCUUAUUUACGUGUACAUGAGUAGAGGAAGCUUAGCUUCUCAUCUAUAUAAUGAGAAACUUGAACCAUUGAAUUGGGAAUUGAGGAUCCAAAUCGCGCUCGAUGUCGCCAGGGGCUUGGAGUACCUUCAUGAUGGUGCAGUCCCUCCUGUGGUACAUCGCGACAUCAAAUCAUCCAAUAUAUUAUUGGACGAUUCCAUGAGAGCUAGGGUGGCUGACUUUGGGCUUUCAAGGGAGGAGAUGGUCAGCAAGCAGGUCUCCAAUAUUCGUGGAACUUUUGGCUACCUCGACCCUGAAUACAUAUCAACACGUUCAUUCACGAAGAAGAGUGACGUUUACAGCUAUGGUGUGUUGCUGUUUGAGCUUAUUGCGGGAAGGAAUCCUCUCCAAGGGCUUAUGGAGUAUGUUGAGCUAGCUGCUAUGAACACAGAUGGUAAAGUCGGAUGGGAAGAAAUAUGUGACCCCCGACUUGAAGGUAACUUUAACGUUGAAGAAUUUAAUGAGGUUGCUGCUCUUGCACACAAGUGCGUAAACCGACUACCAAGGAGAAGACCAUCAAUGAGGGACAUUGUUCAAGUGCUCUCAAGAAUUCUCUCGCACAGACAUAAAAGGCGGCCUCACAAGGAAGAUUCUAUGACUCCUCCUAGAGCCGAUGAGGUCAUUAUCAAUAUGGGACAGUUGGAAAAUCGGAGUUCGUUUUCUGACCACAGACGAGUGGAAUCGGUGGACAGCAUGGCUGAUUCUGUUGAUAUUUGAGUAACUUCAUUCUUUCCUUUUCUUUUUUUUUUUUCCUUUACAUCUUUAGCGGUUUUGUUUUCAUUGGACACUUCUGUAUUCUUAAUCUCUAGGAUUUAGAAGAAAGAGAUGGUGACAUGUAGUUUAAGGUCCGGUUGAAUCAGCUCUGGGUUUAGGGUUGUAAAUCUGCCCAUUUUUCCUUCUACUUUUUUUUUUGGUUAUGAGAUCUUCUCGUGUCUUUUUCCGUUUUUGUUUGUUGUAUAUGAAAUUGUGAAUUUCUGAUGAAGCAAAGCUAUAUUUGCA